UUACCAAUUGCCAAAAUGCGCAGCUCGUGUUUUAUUCUAAUUGCUUUGAUCGGCUGCACUUUGAGCUCGGCUCGUAUUCUUUUCGAUGAUGAGCUGCGUGAGCUGACGGAAUUCCUGCGUCUCCAGAUGCAUUGUGGCUAUCCGGAACGUGGCAUUCCCAUUCUGGCACCCGCUCACUUGGCCUACAAGGAAGUAGAUUUGCAAACCGAUGAUUUUAGCUGCCGGGGCAACUUCACAGACUUGACCCUGGUGGGUCUCGAUGGUUUCGAGUUCCGUAAACUGCAAUGGAAUAAUGUGCUGCAUACAAUCAAGUUCGACCUGAACUUUCCCAGCAUUCGGUUGAGUAGCGCCAAUUAUAAGCUAGACAUAUUGGGGCAAUUCCUUGGCGCCGAUGGCAUCUUAGAUUUGGAACUGAUUGACUUUCAUGCCAAAGGCAGUUUCAUAUUGCGACCAUCGGGCAUUGCGAAUGGUGUGCACAUUGUCCGUUGGAAUGUUGACUGGGGUCUUGGCAAGUCCAUUUCCCGAACUACGUUCUCUGGGAAAAGUAAAAUGUUCACCAAGUUUAUGAAUUUAAUCAUCGAUGACUUCAUCGAUUUGACCAUUAACGAUAAUCCGGAGGAGGUUGCACAAUUCAUGGAAGAGCUGAUUGUGCCGCCGAUGAAUUCAGUGCUGGCGAAUGUUGCUUGGUACGAGAUAGCCGCUAUCAUUAUGGGACUGGUGGAAGGUCUGAUACCCGUAGAGCCCAUUUGUUAAAUAUAUAUGACUAACAUUUAACAAAAUGGAUGUUCUCGUUAUAUUCAAAUAGCUUUGUAUACACAAAAAUCUAGUUCCUUCAGUUUCCACUACUUUUGCAGACUAGUACAUUUUGAUAUGAAUAUUUCAUAAUAAGCAAUAAAAAUGAUAAGCUUUGAUAAAA